AUGACGACGAUGGACCUUCGCGUUGGUAAUAAGUACCGGAUCGGUCGCAAGAUCGGUUCUGGGUCGUUCGGUGAUAUCUACCUGGGCACCAACAUUAUUUCCGGAGAGGAGAUUGCCAUCAAGCUCGAAAGCGUCAAGGCCAAGCACCCUCAGCUUGAAUAUGAGGCCCGCGUCUACAAGUCGCUCGCGGGCGGUGUCGGCAUUCCGUUCGUCCGCUGGUUUGGUACGGAGUGCGACUACAACGCCAUGGUCCUCGAUCUGUUGGGCCCCAGCCUGGAGGACUUAUUCAACUUCUGCAACCGCAAGUUCUCGCUCAAGACGGUCCUACUCCUUGCUGACCAGUUGAUUUCCCGCAUCGAGUACAUCCACGCCAAGUCAUUCAUUCACCGUGACAUCAAGCCCGACAACUUCCUCAUGGGCAUUGGCAAGCGUGGCAACCAAGUCAACGUUAUUGACUUUGGGCUUGCGAAGAAGUACCGCGAUCCCAAGACGCACUUCCACAUUCCGUACAGAGAGAACAAGAACCUGACGGGCACCGCCCGCUACGCCUCCAUCAACACCCACUUGGGUGUUGAGCAGUCUCGUCGUGACGAUAUGGAGUCUCUCGGCUACGUCAUGCUUUACUUCUGCCGUGGGUCCCUCCCGUGGCAGGGGCUUAAGGCGGCUACCAAGAAGCAGAAGUACGACCGCAUCAUGGAGAAGAAGAUGACUACUCCCACCGACGUGCUCUGCCGCGGCUUCCCCAACGAGUUUGCCAUCUACCUCAACUACACCCGGUCGCUCCGCUUCGACGACAAGCCCGACUACAGCUACUUGCGCAAGAUCUUCCGUGACCUGUUCGUCCGCGAGGGAUUCCAGUACGACUAUGUGUUCGACUGGACUGUCUACAAGUACCAGAAGAACGCCCAGGCGAUUCAGCAGGCCGCUGGCAACCCUGCGAACCAGGCCGCUCAGGGCGACCCUAAGGAUGCCCAGCAGGCCGCUGCCCGUAAGGACGCCCAACAGGCUCUCCCUCGUGGCACCCGGAACAAGAUCGCCGGCGAGACCCCCGAGACCAACCGCGCCGUCGGCGGAAGCGACAGGAUGCUGCGCUCGGCUGCAAAGGCCCAGGGCGCUGGCUCCGGAUACGCUUCCAACAAGUACCGGCCUAUGGACUGA